AGAAAAAACACGGACUUUGUACAAGCGUGGCCUGUUCUACGUCUCUGAUUGGCUGGAGGAAGAGUUCUUCAGUUUGCCACACCCCUUCUUCCUUUCUGCCGCGGUGGAAAAGCAGCAUGGAUACAACUGGGAAAGUCAUUAAAUGCAAGGCAGCUGUGGCUUGGGAGGCUGGUAAGCCUCUUUCCAUUGAGGAGGUGGAGGUAGCUCCACCCAAUGCCCAUGAAGUUAGAAUUAAGAUCCAUGCUACAGGUGUGUGUCACACUGAUGCAUACACCCUGAGUGGAAGUGACCCAGAGGGCUUGUUUCCUGCCAUUCUGGGUCAUGAGGGGGCAGGAACAGUUGAGAGUGUUGGAGAAGGGGUCACCAAAUUCAAACCAGGUGAUGUUGUCAUUCCACUGUAUGUGCCCCAGUGUGAAGAGUGCAAGUUUUGUAAAAAUCCCAAAACCAACCUGUGCCAGAAGAUCAGGGUGACCCAGGGUCAGGGUCUGAUGCCCGAUAAGACCUCCAGGUUCACUUGUAAAGGCAAGCAGAUCUUUCACUUCAUGGGUACCAGCACCUUUUCUGAGUACACCGUAGUGGCCGACAUCUCUCUGGCCAAAGUAGAUGAUAAUGCUCCCAUGGAUAAAGUGUGUCUCCUGGGUUGUGGAAUAUCCACUGGAUAUGGAGCUGCACUCAAUACUGCCAAGGUUGAGGCCGGUUCCACCUGCGCUGUAUUCGGUUUGGGAGCAGUGGGGCUUGCUGUCAUUAUGGGCUGCAAGUCACUAGGUGCCACCAGGAUUAUUGGCAUUGACAUCAACCCAGACAAGUUUGAAGUUGCAAAGAAGUUUGGAGCCACUGAGUUUGUGAACCCCAAGGACCACAGCAAGCCAAUUCAGGAAGUGCUGGUGGAGCUCACAGAUGGAGGAGUUGAUUACUCCUUUGAAUGCAUCGGCAAUGUUGGAAUAAUGAGGGCCGCUCUUGAAGCAUGUCACAAAGGCUGGGGAACCAGUGUUAUCAUUGGUGUGGCAGGGGCAGGUCAAGAAAUCUCCACCCGCCCUUUCCAGUUGGUCACAGGGCGUACAUGGAAAGGCACAGCCUUUGGUGGCUGGAAGAGUGUGGAAAGUGUUCCUAAGCUUGUCAAUGACUACAUGAGCAAGAAGCUGAUGGUGGAUGAGUUUGUUACUCACACUUUGCCCUUUGCCAAGAUCAAUGAGGCCUUUGAUCUGAUGCAUGCUGGGAAGAGUAUCCGAGCUGUCCUGCAGUUUUGAGCAUCCAGUCACAAACAUGAUCCUUAUGUUGCUUGUUCUCCCAAGUGUUUGAAACAGACACUAAACAUUUAAAACCUUUAUCUUGGUACUUACAAUAGUGACUGUUGUGUUGACAUUUGUUUUGGUAUUGAUAGUACAGUUCCAGUUGAGUUCCAGUUACACACCGAAUAAAUGUGAUUACAAAACAAA